GCCUCUCGGGAGAAACGAAUGGAGGUUGUUUUCAGUGUAAUUUCUUUUUGGAAGCAACCAGCGGUGUGGUUAUUAUUUUUAAGCCUUUAAGUAGCUGUACUGUUAUAUUUUAAUGUGCGUCGACUUUUGCGUUAAGGCGACCUCUUAAAUUCUUGGGGUUUUAAGUUGGAGAGCGUGAGGAGCAGUGAGUGAGUUGUAAUCUCAGGGUACACUUCAGGAGGUCUUGCAUCGCAGGCAAGUAUGAGUCCACAAUGAAGCGCCGCGCGGAGGAACAGGAAGCAGUCUUCCCAACUCAGCAGCGUCGGCUCCCGGGCGGUUCGGAAGCCUUCCAGCACCGCGUCCUAGCUCCCGCUGGAUACGAGGCUGUGGCCGACACCAUGCAGCCUGCCACCGGCAUCCAGUAUCCCGUCCCCCAGGGCUACCAGGUUCCCACGGUAACCCAGAGCUCAGGCAGUCACAGCCAUGCCCCCAGCGCCACUGCCCAUAGUGGGCCACACCACCACAGCCCAGCAGCACAGGCGCAGGCGGUGCAGUCACAUCCUCAUCCAACCCCAGGCUCCACCCCAGCACAGGGUCAGGCUGGCCAGCAGCAUUUCCAGAGGCUCAAGGUAGAGGAUGCUCUGUCUUACCUGGACCAGGUAAAGCUGCAGUUUGGAAGUCAGCCUCAAGUAUAUAAUGAUUUCCUGGACAUUAUGAAAGAAUUCAAGUCUCAAAGUAUUGACACACCUGGGGUCAUCAGCAGGGUGUCCCAGCUCUUCAAGGGCCACCCCGAUCUUAUAAUGGGAUUCAACACCUUCCUGCCCCCUGGAUACAAGAUUGAGGUGCAGACCAAUGACCUGGUGAACGUCACCACACCAGGGCAGAUCCACCACAUCACACCACAUGGCAUCUCUGUGCAGAAUAUCCCGCAGGUCCCACCCCCCCAGCUCCAGUCUCAGCUGCCAACUCCACCCACUACUGCAGCUGUGCCCCUGCCGACCCCACCCACUUCUGCAAAAAUCAGCAAGCCUCUACAGUCUCAGUCUCUGACAUCGAGCAGUCAGCCAAACCCGUCCAUUCCUCCAUACGCCUCUCCACGCUCCCCACCAGUGCAGCCCCACACUCCGGCAAGCAGCACCCCUGCUCUACAGAACAACCAGCCUGUGGAGUUCAAUCAUGCCAUCAACUAUGUGAACAAGAUCAAAAACCGCUUCCAAGGCCAGCCUGACAUCUACAAGGCCUUCUUGGAGAUCUUGCACACUUACCAGAAAGAGCAGCGAAAUGCAAAGGAAGCCGGUGGGAAUUACACUCCGGCGCUGACCGAGCAGGAAGUGUAUGCCCAGGUGGCUCGGCUUUUCAAGAACCAGGAAGACCUCCUGUCAGAGUUUGGCCAGUUCUUGCCAGAUGCCAACAGCUCUGUGCUACUGAGCAAGACGACGGCUGAGAAGGUGGAGUCCGUGCGCAACGACCACGGUGGCACGGUCAAGAAGCCCAUGCUUAACAACAAGCAGAGGCCUAAUCAGAACGGCUGCCAGAUCCGCAGACACUCUGGAGCUGGGUCCACGCCACCUGUGAAGAAGAAGCCCAAAUUGCUGCUUCUGAAAGAUCAGUCCGUAACAGAAGCCAGCAAGCACAGUGUCAGUACAGAGUCUCUCUUCUUUGAGAAGGUACGCAAAGCCCUGCGCAGCUCAGAAGCCUACGAGAACUUCCUGCGCUGCCUGGUUAUCUUCAAUGAGGAGGUGAUCUCCCGUGCAGAGUUGGUGCAGCUCGUGUUGCCCUUCCUGGGGAAGUUCCCUGAGCUCUUCACCUGGUUCAAGAACUUCUUGGGUUAUCGAGAGUCAUCCCAUAUUGAGAGCUUCCCCAAGGAGCGGGCCACAGAGGGUAUCGCCAUGGAGAUCGACUACGCCUCCUGCAAGCGCCUGGGCUCCAGCUACAGAGCACUGCCUAAGAGCUACCAGCAGCCCAAGUGCACGGGCCGGACACCGCUGUGCAAGGAGGUGCUCAAUGAUACCUGGGUGUCAUUCCCAUCCUGGUCGGAGGACUCCACCUUCGUCAGCUCCAAGAAGACACAGUACGAAGAGCACAUCUACAGAUGCGAGGACGAGCGUUUUGAGCUUGAUGUGGUGCUGGAGACCAAUUUGGCCACCAUCCGCGUUCUGGAGGCGGUGCAGAAGCGGCUGUCUCGCAUGUCAGCUGAGGAGCAGGCCAGGUUCCGCCUGGACAGCAGCCUAGGCGGCUCUUCUGAGGUCAUCCACCGCAAGGCCAUUCACAGGAUAUAUGGCGACAAGGCCCCUGACAUCAUUGAUGGCCUCAAGAAGAACCCAGCAGUCUCUGUUCCUAUUGUCCUCAAGAGGCUGAAGAUCAAGGAGGAGGAAUGGAGGGAAGCCCAAAGGGGUUUCAACAAGAUCUGGCGGGAGCAGAAUGAGAAGUACUACCUAAAGUCUCUGGACCACCAGGGCAUCAACUUCAAACAGAACGACACAAAAGUGCUCCGCUCCAAGAACCUGCUCAACGAAAUCGAGACCAUUUAUGAUGAGCGGCAGGAGCAGGCUUCAGAGGAGAAUGCAGCACCUCCCAGUGGGCCACACCUGACCCUGCCCUAUGAGGACAGUCAGAUCCUGGAGGAUGCCGCUGCCCUCAUCAUCCACCAUGUGAAGCGGCAGGCGGGAAUUCAAAAGGAGGACAAGUACAAGAUCAAGCAGGUGGUCCACCACUUCCUCCCAGAUAUGCUUUUUGCUCGGCGCGGUGAGCUGUCCGAUCUGGAGCCAGAAGACGAGGACGAUGAGGCAGACAUGGAUGAGGGUGGAGCCAAGAAGCCCAAUGGGCUGGCCGGGGGCGAAGCUGGGGCAGGGGGCACAAGCCCAGCUAAGCCUAAGCUUCUGUUCAGUGGCACAGCGGCUCAGAAACUGCUUGGCUCCGACGAGGUUUACAACCUUUUCUAUGUGAAUAACAACUGGUACAUCUUGCUGCGGCUGCACCAGAUCCUGUGUGCGCGACUGCUGCGCAUCUACACACAGGCAGAGCGGCAGAUUGAGGAAGAUUGCCGGGAGCGCGAAUGGGAGCAGGAAGUGCUCGGCCUGCGGCGGGACAAGAGCGACAGCCCAGCCGUGCAGCUGCGGCUGAAGGAGCCCUUGGAUAUUGAGGUGGAGGACUACUACUCUGCCUUCUUGGAGAUGGUGCGAAACCUGCUGGACGGCAACAUGGACGCCACCCAGUAUGAGGACUCCCUGCGUGAGAUGUUCACAAUUCAUGCCUACAUUGCCUUCACCAUGGACAAGCUCAUCCAGAGCAUCGUCCGGCAGCUCCAGCACAUUGUGAGUGAUGAGAUCUGUGUUCAAGUGACCGACCUGUACCUGUCAGAGAGCUCCAACGGUGCUACAGGAGGGACUCUUUCCACUCAAGCCUCUAGGGCUGGUCCUGAGGCAGCCUACCAGCGCAAGGCUGAGCAGCUCAUGUCCGAUGAAAAUUGCUUUAAGCUGACGUUCGUGAAGAGCCGAGGUCAGGUGCAGGUGACUGUGGAGCUCUUGGACACGGAGGAGGAGAACUUGGACGAGCCUGUGGAGGCCGAGCGCUGGUCAGACUACGUGGGCAGGUACCUGAACUCGGACUCCACCUCCCCCGAGCUACGCGAACACUUGGCUGAGAAGCCCGUGUUCCUGCCAAGGAAUCUCCGUCAGAUACGGAAGUGCCAGAGAGGACGGGAGCAACAAGAGAAGGAAGCAAAAGAAGGAGGGAGGAAGUCUGCAGAAAAUGCAGAGAAUGUGAAGAUGGAGUGCAUGUUCAAGCUCAACUCCUACAAGAUGGUUUACGUCUUCAAGUCUGAGGAUUACAUGUACCGCCGUACCGCGCUGCUACGAGCCCAUCAGUCUCACCAGAGGGUUAGCACACGACUGCACCGGCGCUUCCAGGCCUGGGUGGACGACUGGGUGAGAUCCCACGUGAUGCCAGACAUGGCGGCCGACUGCAACCAGUGGCUGAUGGGAGAAGGCCGGGAAGGGCUGCUGCCCUGUACCACGGUCCGCGAGUCCGAGAUCCUCCACUUCAUGAGCAUCAACAAGUACCACGUCAAGUACGGUGUGGCAUCCAAGGGGCCAUGACCUGCCACCAUCCUUGGUUGGGUGGUUGGGGGAAGUUUUUAGAUUUGGCAGGGGGCUUAUGAACAACUGAGUAGGAGUAAUGUGGCAGUUGGAAGCUGGUCUGUGUACUGUGCCACUGCAGCUGGUGGUACUGUUUUUAACAGCAUUUUAGCUGUUCCUGCGUUUGCAGGGCCUUGGUGCCAAAAUGAGGGAACUGACAAAAUCCAGCACCCAAACCCUUAUCCCAUUUCUGCUCCAGGUGACGCUGGAGACACCAGAUGACUGACGCCCCGUGUCACCCUAAUCUAAGUGUAAGGUGAUCUCUCACGCUUUUAGGCAAUUAGCUAAGGGCGUCUGAGAUGUGGGAAGCAGGUCAGGGGUGCUGAGGGUGUGAACGAGCAACAUCGUUCACACAUUUUUCUUGAUAAGAUCAUGGACGGAUCACCUUUGAAGUCAGAUCAUUUGUUUUUGAAAUGUUUGACAUUUUUUUGGGAAAAGGUGCCCUUGGACAAGGUUGAGGUUUUUAAAUUUAGUCACCUGCAACUGGCAAAGGUUCUGAAAAAGAGCUUUUUGUGAUCCAGGAGAUUUCUGCGUUAGCGGCCUGAUCAUAAGUGACCACUCUGAAAAAUGGCCUUUUUUUAACCUGUUUUAACAAAGGGCAGAAUUAAAGUCCAUUUCUGUGUCACAGGAUGCAAGGGAAGGAGGAAAGACACAUUUGUAGCAGCAAUUAUUAAAAAAAAAAAACAAAAAACAAAUAUCAGUAAAAAUUUAAAAAACAAAAAAAAAACAUUUAAAAAUAGUUAUAGUUGAGUCAGACCACUUGUUGGUUUCUGGUCUCUGACUGUAAAGUUGUAUAGCUCAUGAAUGUCAAUUUCUGACAUGUGCUCAUAUGUAUUAUCAAAGUGGCCCCCGUGCAGUGGCACAGUACUCAUUGAAAUACCAGCUUCAACACAGCCAACAGGAGUGGCAGCAACGGCCCCCCGUCCCCUACUUUGUAAAUAAACUGUGUAUAUAGCGCCCUUCCUUUUUUAUUGCAGAGACCUGCGUUGAUGUGCUAGCAUUCUUUACAAGCUUACUGUGGACUUUAGUGAGAGGUGCUCAGAAGUUAGUACAUAUAUUAAAAACAGAAAAUGCAAGACGGUUUAUUACAGUUUUUACCAAAGGGAAUUAUGAUAGUUUCUUUCUUUUGUGUAUUUUUUUUAAUAGUGAAAAUGAUGAUUUGAGAAGUAGAAAUUUAUCCAGGAUUUUUUGAAAUUGAAGAUUUUAUAGGACGUUUUCAUAAAACUUAAAGAAGUUCAAAUUUGGCUUUUAUCUCUUCACAGUAUUAUCACUGCCUGUUUAAGAUCCCAACAUGACGAGGCCCAGGACAGUGGUCCUUCGUGACCCUCGUUUUUUUUUUUUUUUUUUUUUUUUUUUUUUUUGUUUUGUGUUUUUUUUUCCUCUCCCCCUUCCCAUGUCUCACCCUGGAUAGAUUUCUGCUGGAGGAACACAUAUGCGUUUUUAAAGCAAACGGUCACAAAGCAUGUCUUUUCUGUGGAUCAUCAUAGCCCCUUUAUUUGAACUUUAUUUAAAAAUAAUAAAAAUGUUUGUA